ACUGACAGAAUGGAGAUCAUGGUGUUUUUCUCGCUGUUGCUUCUGGUCUGCUCUGUUUCCACAAAUCAGACAGAGGCAGAUAAUGAAAUUCUUGACCAUCAGAUUUUAAGCCAACAACCCUGUCCACAUGACAUUAAUGCUGUGCUGAGAGAGAUGGCAGUCUCAAUGGCUGGACAGAAAGUGAGGAUCACAUUUCUGGAGAAAGAGAAUCAAGAUCAGGCGGCAAAGCUGGAGAGUCAGAAGACCGAAAUAGAAAGACAGAAGACUGAAACUGAGCAGCUGAAGCUGCUGUCCAAAGAACAAGCAGCAAAGCUGGAGACUGAGAUUGACCAGCUGAAGCUGCAGUCAGAAGAACAAGAAGCAAUGCUGGAGAGUCAGAAGACUGAGACUGACCAGCUGAAGCAGGAACUACAAGACAAAAAGGUGGCUUUUUCAGCCUCUCUGCUGGAUCAAGAUCAUACAGAUACUGGACCCUUUAACACAGAGACUCCUCUGAUCUUCAAACAUGCUAUCAUAAACAUUGGAAAUGCCUACAACCUAUCCACAGGUAUUUUCACUGCACCAGUGAGAGGAGUCUACCACUUUGGCUGUAAAGUAUAUGGACAUGAAAGUAUUCAGACAGGUGGUUUGUUGUUCAAGAAUGGAGAGAAAAUGUUUCUUAUACAUGAACAUCAAAAAACUGCUGGUGGUGUGAGCGCCUAUAAUGGAGUCUCACUGCUUCUAGAGGUUGGAGAUGAGAUGUCUGUACGUCUUUGGCCAAAAUCAAUGGUAUGUGACAGUAAAAACCAUCAUACCACCUUCAGUGGUCAUCUGGUCUUCACCAUGUGAGAGGUGUGAAAGCUGCAACACUUCCUGUUGGGGCUGUCCUGUGUGGGUGGAGCUUAGGAGUAAAACAGGAAGUAAAUCCCCUGCUGGAAUCAGUUUCUUCUGGUUUUGUGUUUAUUUGUUUUUACGUUUCCUCUGAUUCUACUGACUCAGAUAAUUUACUACUUCUUGUAAUCUUUGACUCAAAUCAAUCGAGUUAAAUGCUCAGUGAUUCUUUUCUCUUUGUCUUUUCUUUGAGUCGGCUUUUCAUAAAGUGCUGCUCCCCCAUUAGGUAAUGACUAUUUUCAAUAAGUUGGUAAACUGCAUUAUUUUUUAUUGGCUCUACUGUCCUGUAUUGGUCAAUCUGUUAUUUUGGUGACUGCUUGCCCACAGGUCUGCUUUUAACAGGAGUCUUUACUGUUAAGUUUAGCAAAAUCCAACAGUUCCUUUGUAUUUUUGAUUAACAGAUUUUAAUCUUAAUCUGAUUAUUAUGAUAAAAAUGUAAACAGCUGAUGUAGUUUGAUAUUAAAUGUCUGUCAGUGCUGUGGAGGAAUUUCAAGAAGCUCUAAAAGAUAACUGACUAACUACUCGGGUUCAUUUCCUUGAAUUCUUUGUUUUCAAAAUAAAAGCAUCA